UUUGCCCCAUUUCUCCCCAUUUCGGUCCCCCCAGUGUCUCCAAGCCGCACGCCAUCAUGCCGGGGCAGUCCUACGGGCUGGAGGACGGCUCGUGCAGCUACAAGGACUUCAGCGGCUCGCGCAACAAUCGCUUCUCCACGCCCGAGCAGGCGGCCAAGAACCGCAUCCAGCACCCCAGCAACGUGCUGCACUUCUUCAACGCGCCGCUCGACGUCACCGAGGACAACUUCUACGAGGUGGGGCGGCCUUCGGCCUCGGCGCCGUCCUCAGCAUCCUCAUCAUCCUCACCUGCAUCCUCCCCUGCAUCCUCCCCUUGAUCCUCAGCCUUCCCUUCAUCACCUGUAACCCUCACCCUGUCCCUGACCCCAGCCCUCGGCGUCACCGAGGACAACUUCUACGAGGUGGGGCUGCCUUCGGCCUCGGUGCCGUCCUCAUCUUCCUCCCCUUCAUCAUCCUCAGCCUCCCCUUCAUCCUCAUCCUCAGCCUCACCAUCCUCAUCUGUAACCCUGUCCUGUCCCUGACCCCAGCCCUCGACGUCACCGAGGACAGCUUCUACGAGGUGGGGCUGCCCUUCGGCCUCGGCAGCGUCCUCAUCCUCCUCACCAUGCUCCCCAUCAUCAGCCUCAGCCUCCCCUUCAUCCUCAUCCUCAGCCUCACCAUCCUCACCUGUACCCCUAACCCUGUCCCUGACCCCAGCCCUCGGUGUCACCGAGGACAACUUCUACGAGGUGGGGCUGCCUUCGGCCUCGGCGCCGUCCUCAUCCUCCUCAUCAUCCUCCCCUGCAUCCUCAGCCUCCCCUUCAUCCUCAGCCUCAGCCUCCCCUUCAUCCUCCUCCUUCAUCCUGUCCAUCCUCCUCUUCAUCAUCCCCAUGUCUAACCCCAACCCUGGAUGUCACCGAGGACAACUUCUACGAGGUGGGGCCCUUCGGCCUCAGUGCCAUCCUCAGCAUCCUCAGCAUGCUCCCCUUCAUCCUCAUCCUCAGCCUCCCCUUCAUCACCUGUACCCCUCACCCUGUCCCUGACCCCAGCCCUCGGCGUCACCGAGGACAACUUCUACGAGGUGGGGCUGCCUUCGGCCUC